CCUACACACAUCUCACAACAUCACAACAAGAUGGGUCGCGGUCCUAAGAAGCAUCAGAAACGCCUCAGCGCACCUUCGCACUGGCUGCUGGACAAGCUCUCGGGCGCCUAUGCCCCGAAGGCGUCCCCUGGUCCUCACAAAACCCGCGAUUGCUUGCCCUUGAUCGUUUUCCUCCGAAAUCGUCUCAAGUAUGCUCUCAACGGCCGUGAGACCAAUGCUAUCCUGAUGCAGCGCCUCAUCAAGGUUGAUGGCAAGGUCCGCACCGACGUUACCUACCCAGCUGGCUUCAUGGAUGUCAUCUCGAUCGACAAGACUGGCGAGCACUUCCGUCUGGUCUACGACACCAAGGGCCGCUUCGCCGUGCACCGAAUCGAACAAGCCGAGGCAGAGUACAAACUCGGCAAGGUCAAGCGUGUUCAAAUCGGAAAAGGAGGAAUCCCAUACUUGGUUACGCAUGAUGCUCGCACUAUCCGAUACCCCGACCCGGCCAUCAAGGUUAACGACACCGUCAAGAUCGAUCUCGCAACCGGAAAGAUCACCGACUUCAUCCGAUUCGACACUGGUGUGAUCGCCAUGGUUACUGGUGGUCGUAACAUGGGUCGUGUUGGUGUCAUCACUCACCGUGAGAGACACGACGGUGGCUUCGCCAUCGUUCACAUCAAGGACGCCAUUGACAACUCUUUCGCUACCCGAGAAAGCAACGUCUUCAUCAUUGGCAAGGAGAAGCCAUGGGUCAGUCUGCCAAAGGGCAAGGGUGUCAAGCUGUCGAUUGCCGAGGAGAGAGAUCGUCGUCGUGCUGUCGCCAUGGCCAGCGGCCAUUAAAUUCGAUUUCCACCACCUGUAGCCUGAUAAUAUGGCUCGCAGAUUCAUUGAGAUGUGGUCAUCAAUUGCCCUUGACUCCCAGCCACUGCUGGCGAGGUUCAAAAAAAGUCUUCUUUUGCAAGAACGAAUGGAUUCUUCGAGGCGAAGUUAUGACUAGCGUGCUUUUAGAGCAUGAUGAAACACAAAGCUGCUCUACUUCAGAGACUAUGCUUGAGUUCUUCGGACAAGGCCAUACUUUUUUUCUAGCCGUAGAGGCAUAGACAGGAAAAAGGGAAUGAAAAGGCAAAAUACCCCAACGAAA